UCGAUGCACAUAACCUGAUCCUUGACAGCAUUAUUUUAAGUUUUCAAAAAUAGAGUAUGCACGUGUACAUGUAAUCAUCAAAUUAAGUCACUGAAAUACGAAAGUUAACAAAAACCUCAGACGUUCAAACACACUAACUCAAUAAACACACGGAACUUUACAUGACCACGUGAAGGUUGUAUAGACCUUAAUCUGUGUUUUUUGAUACAUCUGUGGCUAUGCUGCGUAAAUUUUCAAACUAAAAUAAUAAAAUUCACUGAAGACAUGGUUUAUAAUUUUUUUAAAAACUUGACAUCAGAAGCCACGUUAAGAGGAAUCUCAUCUGUCUUGCAUAAGCAACGUUUAUUUUGUACAGCAGCACAGGCUUCACAAAUAUUGGCUACAAAUGAGAAGCAUAUCACAAGCUUUCGGACUGCAGAAAGUAACCCACUCAAACACAACUUUGAUCAUGCGUAUCGGUUCUACACUAUCCCUGUAGAAGUUAAAAAUCAGCUGUUUCAACAUGGAGGACUUCCAAAAUAUUUUAAUGAGCAGGCAAAAGCAUUUAUGGAAACGUGCGUCAUGGUUCGAGAUCCGGCUCUGGAGAUUUUACAUUACCUGAAAACAGCUGAUUAUUCACGUCCUGCGAUUAGAUAUGUAAUCUAUGGUGAGUCUGGCUGUGGAAAAUCUAUUACUCUAGCACAUAUUCUUCAUUAUGGUCUUACAGCAGGGUUUCUUCUCAUUCAUGUGCCUUGGGUUCCAAACUGGAUGAGAGUAUGCAAAGAAGUUUCCAAUUCAGCCACUAGAGAAGGUUACGUAGACUUAAAUUUGGAUGCUGCUGAAUGGUUAAUCCAUUUUAAAAAUCAGAAUGCAGCUUUAUUGAAUAACAUCGACUUGCGUGUCUCAAAGGAGUAUGCUUGGAGCAAACGUGAAAAAACUGAAGAAGGAGUCCCUUUAUUAGAGCUCGUAGAACAUGGGAUAAACCGCGUGAAAUAUGCAUCUGAAUGCGUUGUCGCGCUGGUGAAGGAAAUCAAAUUACAUUCCACACAAGGAAGGUGUAAGACUCUGGUCGUGAUCGACGGAUUCAACGCCUUCUUUCACCCUAGAACACGUGUGGUGACGGCAGAGAAGAUUCAAGUUCCCCCAUCAAAGAUAACAUUGACUGAAGCCUUUAUAGAGAUCACUAAAUAUGACUGGUGCAACGGAGCCGUGAUCUUAACCGUCGACAAGACCGGCGUAGCCGACGACAGGCGCGAAUCGUUCCUCCCGAUCUAUCAGCUUGGAAAAGAGGGUUUCGAGCACUUGGAUCCGUUUGUGCCGAUUUCUGUACGGGAGUACAGCGAAAAGGAACUAGAAAGUUGUCUCGAUUAUUACGUGGAUCGACGCUGGCUACAGAAUGAGAAAAGUUUUACGGAAGAAGGAAGGAAAGAGCUUAAAUACCUGUGUGGUAUGAAUCCUCGUCGUCUUAUGCACGUAUGUGCGCCUUUAUAAGCCGCUCGGUUCGUCAGAGUGGUGGAAAUACCAACUUAAAUGUUUGAGAACUAGUGUAUGUUUUCAGAGUAUGUAUGUAUGUGGAAAAGAACAAUUAAAGAAACUUCUUGUGUACAUAAA